AUGAAGCUUGGAAUGUGGACUAUACUCUUACUCAGUUUUGUGACUCAUGGAGCUUGGGCGAGUGCCCAAUAUCCUUAUGCUGCUGCACUAGGAGAUACAGACUUAACAGAUUAUGAGGCGAAUGAAGGUUCAGGCGAGGAAGAAACACCGUACUUCUUAAUCCCGUGGCAAUCCUUUUCCAAUAUCCAACUUGGAAUGGAAUGUUCGACGAAAACGUCGACCAAAUCCGAAGCAACGUCUUUUUUCUGUAUCGUGGCUCAGUGUCCUUGCACCCCGGAAUUCUGCCUCGAAACUUUCCCAAAGGCGCCUUCCUCUUCAAUUCUUGGUAGUGCGCUUCCUUGCCCAAACAACCCAAAAAGUACUACUCCACCCAAUAAGAGAUCGAUUACGACUAUCAAAAAAACCCCACCCAAAGAAAAUGCAAAUCGAACAGCUUCGCGGUCACGGAAACUGAGAAAAUCAGUCACUAGGAUGAGUGAAAAGCGAGGAGAUGCAGCCCCACUGCAGCCACCACAUUUGGGUCUUCCGUUCAUUCACUACAAUUUUUUCACAAGAAGAGUUACUCCUUUGAUAGUUCACCAGAACAUAGCACCAUCAACUGCACCGACUACUGCAUAUGAACCCCUGCAAUCUCCCAAAGAUAAAGCGAUCGGAAGAACGUCAACUACGAGAAAAUCACUAGGAGUUGUAUCUCGAAAGCGUCAGUCCAAUAGCUUCAAAAAGAAGCCUUCAAAUACCACACCUCCCAAAAAGACAAUAACAUUGGCUACAAUAUUAUUAGGACAUAUCCAAACUCUAAAAAAUCCGUCAAAGUCACCGUCUAAAAGCAAAAGUGAACGAUCUGUUAGGGAAUCCAGUCCUUUUCAUGGUUCAGCAGCAAGAGGCGAACGAACGAAAAGAGACGCCGGAUUGAGCAUUUCGAGGCGUUCCCAGUUACGUAUUCUAACUUCAAAACAAACCUCUACAGCGUUACCGUUGACUGCAAGACCGGCAUCGUCUGAGCAUGGAAAAAAGUGGGCCUCCGGUCAACAUCAAGUGACAACGAGGAUGAUGCCUAAGGAUGUUGAUGGUCCUUCUGCAAUGCCUAACAGAACUUGGAAUGAGAGUUUACCUUUUCAAGCCUUUUCCUUAGCAACAAUGACAGCAAAGAUGCAGAGGCACAAUUCGACUUCCAGAAUCUACUCCUCCAACACAACUAAGCCAGGAGUUUCAAUAGCUACAGAUGCACAUAACACCACCGUGCCGUCUGCAGACUCCGAUGCGUCUGUUGGUCUUACAUCACAAAAGACGUCAACUUCAUCAGAAAGCCAAUGGAAGUCUUCCAGUUCCCUCUCAUCGCAGUCUCGUCGUAUUGAUCCUGGAUCACCUUCUAGCCUUAAUCCGAUUGCAGUACAAAGCAUCUAUUUUCGGACAACUGCCAAAUAUCGUCUUCCAUCAGGGCAACUCACAAUGCCUGAAAACCCUCCACCUAUAGGUUCAAGAACAUCUCUAAAUGCCAGCACUGAUACCACACGACUGAUUACUAGCCCAGCAACUACCCCUCUGUCGUCCUUGAUCUCCAGAGCUGGUACCACUAAGAAGUCCACCCCCACGGACGCAGCCAAAAGCACCGCUACAAGCACAGCUGUACGCAAAAACCAUGAGACCACUGCCACUGCUUCACUUUCAUCACCUUCUACUUUGAAGUCCUUCAAAAGCAGAUCAGAAACAACAAAAGCUGAGAAAUCUACAACAAGUACUGGUGCAACACUGCUGACUACAAGCGCAUCAGCAACGCCUCAGUCUGCUUCGACCUAUGGCUCUAGUACCACUAGCAAGCCAACAUCAGUGGGAGCAAAUGAAAGCACCACUACAGACGAGCCCGCUGCCCUUACGUCGACUUCUCCAACUCGCGCUGUCAUGUCCUCCACGAAUUCACCGAACGUGACAGAAGCUAAGCAAUAUACAACAAGCACACGUGCAGACGAAUACCCUACAAGCACCAUCCCUACAUCGACUCGAAUUGUACCUUCCAGGACGAUGCCAGCACAGUCGACUGAAGCUGAGCAACCAGCAACGAAUACCGAUAGUGGAACGGUUAUUAAAACUAUUGUAACAAUGCCGCAAACAGCAACAGUCUAUAGCACUAUGGUCCCAUUGAAGACGACAGUUCUAGAGCGAGACAGAACCACAACACGUGAGGAACUUACAAAUUGCUUCUUCGGUUUGUCUUACGUUAAGCGAAAGCUCACUGUCGACAGAUUAGCAUCAGUGAUUGAAAGCUCCACAGCAACUCCAGAUGCACUCUUCCCUCAUGGUGUGAGUAUUAUAAAGGAGAACACGACCUCUUCUUCUUCACAACAUACAACGCCCUCCCCUGGCGUGUUGACAGAAGCUGAACACUCUGCAGCAAGUGGUGCUUACACUACAAUGCCGAUUACAAGCUCCGAAACGAUGCCGCAAUCGUCCUCGAUCUCUGGUGAUCUAACAACCGGCAAAUCCGCAACUCUGGCUGAGAGCACUACCACAAGUACUGUUACAACACUGCCUAUCACAAGCCUCAGAACAGAACACGAGACGACAAGGAUUCAGGAAACUAGUGCCACUAACAAGCACACAGCAUCGGAAGAAGCAAAUAGCACCACAACAAGCACAGUUGCAGGUGAACAUCAUGUAUACUGUCACUACUGUGACAACUCUACUGUCACUUCGUCACCUGCUUCAUCUCACAGUAGCAAAACACCCAACACCUCCUCAGAAUUGACGAAAGCUGGGCAAUCGACAACAAGUAUUGUUGCAACACUACAGACUAGAAGCUCUGCAUCAAUGCAUCAGUCCUCCAACACUUAUGAAGCUACUGAAACCAGCAAGCCCACACCACAGGGAGCAGUAGAAAGUAUCACUACAAGUAAGCAUCAUACAGGCACUGUCACUUCCUCACAUCCUUCAACUCACAGCAGCGAAUCGUCUAAGUACGCCACAGAAUUGACGGAAGCUGAACAAUUCACGACAAGUACUGAUGCAGCAGUGGCAGUUACAAGCCCAAGAAUAACGGAGCACCUCUCCUCGGUUCAUGGAACCAGUUCAGAAGGAAUGUCCACAACACUGGAAACAGCUGAAAAGACAAGUUCAAAAAAGGGCUCGACAGAUCUGAAAACAAGUUCUGUAACAGUGCAACAGUCGUCUUCAAUCCACAGCGGUAGUGUAACCAACAAGUCCACAACAUUGCAAAGGACCAAAAGCGUCACUACAAGCGAACGCCUCACAAGUACCGGCUUCAACCCGGCUUCUUCACGCUCUUCAAAGAAGCCGUCAGAAUCGACAGAAGCCGCAUCAUCUACAACAAGAGAUAGAACAACAGUGGUUACAAGGUCCAAAACAGUACCGCUUACCAUCUCUAUCUAUGACGCUAUUGUCACUAACAAAUCCACACCGCUGGAAACAACUGAAAGGGCUACCACAAGUACAGUUGCUCAAAAACACUAUACAACAAUUGGUACUCCAUCGAUUCCAUCAUCUCGAAGUACGCUCUCCUCCAAGAAUACAUCGGAGUUGAUUGAGACUGAACAACCUGCAACAAGUAGCUGA